AUGAAGAUUCUCUUUGCGCAAGGCGUCCUCCUUGGACCCGUCAUAUUCUUUGCGAAAUCCUCCAUUUUCCUUCUAUGCCGGCAGAUCUUUACCAUCCAGAAAACCAUGAAAUACGCCAUCGGGUUCGGUCUGCUCUUCACCUUUGUCCUUUACUGGCCGGGAGUCGGUCUGGAAUCGUACUACGCCGCACCGCACAUCGGAGAGACCUGGGAGGAUUUGCUGAUCAACAAGAGACCAGAGCACUUGAUAUACUGGGGUGUCGUGCAGGGAACCCUCUCCGUGGUUCUGGACAUCUACAUUUUCAUUCUGCCGCUCCCGCUUCUCUCGAAGCUCCAACUGCCUCGCAAGAAGCGAUGGCAGCUCUUGAUCAUCUUUUCAACAGCCAUGAUGGGAAUCAUCGCAAGCGUCAUCGCUCUCGUUUUUCGCAUUCGGCUCCUAACCACCACCGACACCACCUUUACUCAGAGUGCGCUCUUCAUCUGCGUAAACGUCGAGAACAACGUCGCCAUCAUCGUCAGUUCGAUGCCCUUCUUCGCGACCUUUUUCAAAAGCCACGUCCUGGAAUCGACCCUUCUCAAAACUCUACGUUCACGACUAACCUCUAGCGGUGGUCACUCUGUGGCCGGUACGGUAGACCACCAUAUGGAUAAGGCUAAACCGUCUCGAUCUCAUCUCCUGGACGACGCGACGGGGCAGUACCAUGAGCUGAGAGACUUUGCUUAUGCAACGAACACCAAGAUACAGGCAGGAGGGGGAGAAAGGCCAUCCACGCUAGGAAGGGGGAUCUCCCGUGAGGUCAACAUUGAGCAGGAGAUUCGGGAGUAUUCCGUUGUAUGA